AGCAGAUCAGAGUUCACAUCACAUCAAAGCGACUAUUAAAUUAUAUUUUUCGUUUGACAGAGAAGAGCGUGCAAAGUAUAUUCGUUUUUUAACUAAAGGAAAAAAAUGUGUGGUCGAAGUGCUUUAUCUUUGAGCAAAUCCGAGAUUCAAUGCGCUUGUAGUUAUAAACAUAAAGGUGUAAACACAUACAUUAAACCACAAUGGUUACCAGAGCAUAAUGAUGGCAAAGACUACUCUCCCUCUUUUAAUAUUGUUCCUUCUGAUGUCACUCCAGUCUUAGUUUCGGGUACUAAGUAUAGAAAUGCUGUUAAAACCUCUAGAGUUCUCAAACCUAUGAUGUGGGGUAUCAUUCCUCCGUGGCAAAAGAGUGAUUACAAAAACCACAACAUUAGUACUAAUAACUGUCGCAUAGAAAACAUUACAAAUUCAAAACUAUAUGGUCCUAUUUUAAAAAAUGGAGGUAGAUGUGUCAUUGUUGUUGAAGGAUAUUAUGAAUGGCAAACAACAAACAAAGCAACAAAAACCAAACAACCUUACUAUGUAUAUGCCCAACAAAGAGCUGGAGUUCAGGUUGAUGAUUCAAAAACUUGGAACAAUACUUAUGAUGAUGAAGAUGGAUGGAAAGGCAUAAAACUUCUUCACAUGGCAGGUCUCUAUAAUAUUUGGGAGAAUGAUGAUCAAAUUAUAUAUGCAUAUUCUGUAAUCACCAUGGAAUCUAAUGACAAAAUUAAUUGGCUCCACCACAGGAUGCCUGCAGUUUUGGACACUGAUGAAUUGAUAGAGGCAUGGUUAGAUAUUGAUAAUGUGCCGUCAUAUACAGCUCUUUCCCUUUUAAAACAAGUCAACAUAUUAUGCUGGUAUAGAGUAUCAACACUAGUUAAUAACUCGAGAUAUAAAGAAAAUAAUUGUAAUAAAAGAAUACCAGAGGAUAAAAAAGAUAUAAAAAUACAGAAAACUCUGAAUUCAUGGUUAACUAAACGCGACAGAAAGCAAGAUGAUGAUAACUAUCAGUCUGUACCGGCUAAAAAACAAAAACGUUAAUUUAAACUUAUUCAUUUUUUUAUUGAUAAUCAAUUAUGGCUAGGGAAAACAUCACAGGAGCAAGUGUUGUGCCCGUCUGAAGAUGGCGUUAGGAACGUAAAUAUUUUUGUUGAAGUGUAUGUAGUCUGAUGAUAAUAUUAAUAACGUACCUUUCUAAUC